AUGAGCAUUAAUAAAGACUCUGUAAUUCGUUCUGCAAUACCGAUUAGUAAUAAAACUUGGGAAAAUUUUAAUGGAGCAAAUGAUAUUUCUCCAAAUGCCAUUUUUGAACUAUCUACACUUGAAGGCCUUAAGGGUAUUGUAAAACUAGCAAAGAAAGUAACUGUGCAAAAAGAUCCAAACAUGGCUGGACUCACUACGGAAUCACAACCACCAUUAACUCUUGAUUCUGAGACUGUAUUUGACACAUUUCGAGUAUCCGGCGUCGUAGCAGUAGGGCACAUGGGGCAAAAACUAGUUCAG